UCCAGAGCUCCAUGUCAUCAGUGCCUAACCAAAGCAGCGGUUGGGUUAUCAUUAGCAGAGAAAUCUGGUGGAUAGAACGACAUACUGUCAGCGCCUGUACAUUAACCCAGUCCGUAGGAGAUCGUACAGUGGAUCCCACGUUGCCAUGUCUGUUCGGGGUAGCACCUCGCGUCGAAAUAAGGAGUACCAUUCUCUUCGGUCAGAGCUUCUGAGGGCCAAUUCAUUGUUUGUAGACCCCGAGUUCCCACCUAAUAACUCAUCCUUGACAUUCAAUGGUCAUACGCCACGAAACUUCGUCAAAGUUGUUUGGAAACGUCCUACGGACAUUGUACGAAAUCCAAAACUAUUUGUAAGAGGAGCGAGCAGAUUCGAUCUUGACCAAGGAGCUUUGGGAAACUGUUGGUUCAUUGCCGGUGCAGCUGUUGUAGCAACCCAUGGUAAACUUAUAGAACGAGUCGUUCCGAACGACCAGGACUUUGACGUCGACUAUGCAGGUAUAUUUCACUUCAACUUUUGGUGGUACGGCAAAUGGACGGAAGUGGUCAUCGACGACUAUCUACCCACAGAUGGGUUCCGGCUUAUAUACGGAAGGAACCGAGAGCAGCAAUCGGAGUUUUGGCCAUCGCUUCUCGAGAAGGCAUAUGCUAAACUCCGUGGGUGCUACGAGGCGUUAGUUGGAGGGAAGCUGGACGUCGCCAUUGUCGAUAUGACAGGCGGUAUAUCGGAGAGAAUCGAUAUGACGAAUAAAUCAGAUAUACCCAACGAUCUGUACGAUGUCAUGUGGAAGUGCUAUAAAAUGAAUUCCAUGUUAGGAGCGAGCAUGCGUUUGAAGGACCCGGCCAAUACGACAACACGAGAGGUAGAAUUACCAAAUGGACUGUUCAGGGGCCACGCCUACAGUAUUACGGGACUAGCUACAGUACCGUAUCGAGGAAUGAACAUACAACUUGUCAGACUAAGAAACCCCUGGGGACACGAUGAGUGGAAGGGCGAUUGGUCAGACGGAUCUGACCAGAUGAAAAGUAUGUCAUAUGAAGUCCGCAAACAGCUUCAUAUAGUUGUAAGAAAUGACGGCGAAUUCUGGAUGUCCUAUCAUGAUGUGUUGCUGAACUUUGAUGAGAUACAAUUGUGUCACCUGCAACCAGAUGCAUUGUUGGAGGAAAUAUCAAUUGAUGAGAGACAGCAGGCAUGGCAAGUCGUGGUUUACCACGAUGCUUGGAUAAAAGGUGUCACUGCCGGGGGAUGUGGAAACAAGCCGUAUGAGGAUCUGUACUGGAGGAAUCCCCAAUUCUUUGUUACCCUGAAGGAUGUGGAUGAGACUGACAAUAGCGGCAAAUGUACACUUAUCGUGUCUCUGUUGGAAAAAGAGCAGGACAAUAGGAACAAAGUGGCUAUGGCCUUCGAUAUCUACAGACUCAAGAAUCCACAAAGAAGACCACUUGAUGGAGAAACUGUAUCAAGAAAUGCUCUUCAUCAAGAAAAGUCUUCUGGCAACUACGAAUUUUAUAGAGAGAAUACGAAGCGGUUUCAAUUUUCACCAGGAACGUAUGUCGUCAUCCCAAGUACAUUCUACCCUAACGUAGAAUCACAAUUCAUGUUACGGUUCUUCACGGAAAAACCUUCUGAUAGUGGUGUCUUGGAUGAAGAAUCUGGCCCGGGAACAUCCACAAACCAUGUUCCUACGGAUGACCCUAUAAAAGCCAUUUUUAAAGCAUGCACCAAAGAGGAUGGAAAGAUGUAUGCAAGAGAAUUGAAAAAGUUUUUAAGGAAACUUACUGCUCUUGAGCACAAAGAACCAAUCAAGUUUAACACUGAAACCUGUAGAUGUUUAGUAACCUUAAUGGAUCGAAAUCGUUCAGGGGCGCUGAACUAUGACGAAGCUAUAAAGGCAUGGAAAGAGAUCCAGGGAUUCAGGGCAGUGUUUAAACAGUCUGACGCUGAUGCAUCCGGAAAUGUUGACACCUACGAACUUGGGAAAAUGUUUACUAAAUUAGGAUUUCCCAUCAGCAGAAUGGUACUGACUGGCAUUGUACGGCGAUAUGGUGGCAGGGACAAUACUAUUUCUCUACCAGACUUUAUCGUUAUCCUGUGUAAAUUAACAGUAAUGUACAGCCUAUACCAGGAACAGUCGGGAGGGGCAAAUACAGCCAAGAUCAGUAUGAAUGAGUUUCUGUAUUUCUCCAUGUUCUGUUGAUGGAGGGCGCCAUAUACAGUUACAACACAGACCACCAUGGGUAUCAGUGGACAUGUUCCAGUGUUGGAUGAAAUAUGGUAACAAAGAAUUUAGGCAGUCUAUUUGUUGGAAAAAGAUGUCAAGAACGAUUUAAUCUUUAAUUGCUGUUUUCUGUAAGAAACAGUCUACACUAAGACCCACAUGAUUGCUUUUUAGUUGUGUACAUUAGUGUAGGAUUAGGUGCCGGAGAUUUCCACUUUUAGUAGAAUCUUUAUAGUUGUUUAUAAAAUUUUGUUAUCGCAGUUUUUUAUAGUGUGCUACUCGUUAACAUCUACUCUCAGGUACUUACUUACGCAAUAUUUGAUGUCAAUCUUUUAUUUUGAUUAUCAAUGACAUAGAGAAGUUUUCCUCCAAACAGUUAUGUGAUAAUUCAUGAGACAGAGUGGCAGAUAAAAGUUAUCAUUACAUGUGCAGACUAAACAUUUUUGUUGUCAAAAGGUAUUUGUUUCUAUACACCAUUACAUUAGUCAGACAUCAAUAUUCACUAUUGAUAAUGACGAUAUUCAUCCACGCGUUAAUUGGAUAACUUUGAUUGUGACGCCAGGUCGGUCUGAAAUAGGAGUUAUGUUUCAUUCGCAGAAUAAACCCCCUGUUUUAGACAUGGUGUAACCUUGUUAAAGAAAUAAGAGAAUGAGAUCCUCAAACAUACGGUGUUGAUAUGAAUCUUAUUUUUACAAAUAAUAAGCUAUUAACAAAAAGUGAUCGGGUAUUUUGCAGUUUUACGAUUUGUUAACUGUAUGUAGUAAGAUAGAUAGUACCAUUUCCACCUCUGUGUAAAAGGUACUAAUACUGCAUAUUUAUUGUCUGCCAUUAACUUUUUUGAUCUGUAAAAUUUUGACGUAUUUGAUAAACUACUAAUCUUAAUACACUAUAUAGAACGACAAAAUUAGGUAUCAUGCUUUAGCUAUAGACGUUUUGCAAAAGGAAAAAAAAUACAAUGUUUUAGUGCAAGGCUCGAACUUUCUACCAGCUUAUAUCUAUGAUUUCUGCGCCUUUGGGUAUGCACUAUAGUAACGAGAAGUUUCCAUACAUCCUACAACUUUGUAUGAGUAAGUUGGUGUGAGAAUUGUCCUGGAAUCUUGCCUACAUGUGUUAUUGUUAAUAUAAAGAGAAACAGAAUCCCACACCCAAACACACCACCUCCCACACGCACACCCACACCACCUCCCACACGCACACCCACACACACACCCACACACACACCCACACACACACCCUCUCCCACACGCACACCCACCACCUCCCACACACCAACUCACACACACACACACCACCUCCCACACGCACACCCACACCACCUCCCACACGCACACCCACACACACACCCACACACACACCCUCUCCCACACGCACACCCACCACCUCCCACACACCAACUCACACACACACACCACCUCCCACACGCACACCCACACCACCUCCCACACGCACACCCACACACACACCCACACACACACCCUCUCCCACACGCACACCCACCACCUCCCACACACCAACUCACACACACACACCACCUCCCAUCCACACACACACACAACCUCCCACACAAACACCCACACACACAUACAUAUAUAAUCUUGAAUAAAGAGAUGUUGCAUCUUUGUAAACGUAUGAGUGGCUGACUAUGAGAAUGAGUUUUCAAUUACCAGGGUACAUAUUCCAUGGAUGAGAAAAUAACAGGAUAGUGACGGAUUGAUUACUUGGAUUUCAAGGAUGGAGAUUCGAGUACUGUUAUACAGUUUCACAUUUUUUUAAUGGGAUUGUUCAAAUUUGAGAAUGAAAGGCGUUUCUGCACUUUUUUCAUAUUUUCAUAUGAUUUUCAUAUAUACAUAAGAAAUGAAUUAAAUGUGUCAGUUUAUUUCAUUUAUUGAAUGGAUGUCUCAUUAUUUCGCUGCUACUGAUCAUUUUUGCAUAAUGGAUUAUACCAAUUGCUUACUUUUGUUAUAGGUAUUUUAUAUUUAAAUCCGUUUACAUUGUUAAGAUUGUGAAUUUUUCUGACAGCUGUGGUGACCUAUAGAUAGAUAGGGAGAAGGGCUGCUGCAUGAUUGUGUUUUAAGACAAGAAUAAUUACACAUAUAUAGUGAUGUCCUCAUUUUCCUUGUUCAUAUGUUUGAUAUCAAUAGUUUUUUUUCAAAUAAUUGUUUUCAAUAAAAAACUUGAAAAUUU